AUGGGCCCUGGGCGGCACCUGGACCGGCACGGGGGUGGCACUGGGACUGGCGUGGGGGAGGCCGCAUGGGUUGGCACCGGGACCAGCACCGGGACCAGCACGAGGAUUGCCCCGGGAUGGCCCUGGCGCUGGGAGCAGGCCUCUGCGUCCCCGGGGGUGACCAUGACCGUGUCCCCGCAGGGCAGCCUGGAAGAUGGCCGGAUCGUCGACACCUCGCUGAGCCGGGACCCGCUCCAGGUGGAGCUGGGCAAGCGCCAAGUCAUCCCCGGUGAGCGAGGGGCCAGGGCGAGGGGCCGGGGGGUUAACCGGGAUCCGGCCAGGCCGGGUGGGCUGUGGGGUGCCCCCGGCCGGCCCCCCCCCCCCCCAGGCGACGCGGUGCUGCGGUUCGAGGUGGAGCUGGUCGGUUUGUCCCGGGCCAGUUACUGGCAGAAGGUGGUGAACGAGGUGCUGCCGCUGCUGUGCCUGGGGCUGGUGCCGGCGUUGCUGGGGCUCAUCGGGUACCACCUCUACCGCAAGGCCAGCAGCCCCAAGCUCUCCAAGAAGAAGUUGAAGGAGGAGAAGAGGAACAAAGCCAAAAAGAAAUAA